UGGCAAUUGAUGGCAUAUCAGCAUAGAAAUUAGCAAGCACUUCAUACUUACCUUCCACUAUAAAAGCCCAUCUCUAACACCAGCUCUUUCCUAGAGUCAGAGAUGAUACAUAUAUAGAUCAAAGAACACAUCUUCUGAUUCUUGACUGUAAAUAAACAGCACCUCUAUUAUCCUUCCAUUCUUAACUGUUAGAAGAAGGGAUAUAUAUGGAGGGUAAGAGGAAGCUUAUAUUCAAAUCUUAUUUCGUGUUGUUCGUGCUUCUGAUUUCAUGGUUAGCAAUCUUACAGACAACAUCAGCAUGUUCAAAUGACAGUUCUGACUGUGGAGGCUGCAUUAUGAAACGGAUGAAGUAUGAUUGUCCGUCUUGCGUUACGACGCUCCGCUGCAUGGCAAAAUGUCUGUGGGCAGGAACGUCGAAGAUCAAGUGCACAAAGAGGUGCGAUUGCAAUGAUAGCUACCCGAGACUAUCAGACUGUAAGAAGUGCAUGUCAAAGUGCAGGUGCAGCUGUGCUGUGUAGCUUAAUCAAAUAACUAGUUUUGUACUUUGCCACAAUUCUGUUUUCCCCUGUGUAGACUUUCUAAAUUUUUGUAUGUUUUGAGUUAUUUUCAGUUGUGUUGGUAAAGAUGCAUUCCAUAUUACAACUAGUUUUCUGAUUUUUGAUUUUGAA